GACAAGUUUACGAAAUUCUUCACUUGGACGCAUUUUGUCUGUGUUUUAUUCGCAUUUAUUCGUGACUUUAUCCCAGAAGUUUUGCCACAAAUACUUUCACAAGAUCCUCAACAGUGCAUAUCAGUUGUUUCUCACAUCGCCGCUGUCCAAUUUUCAGUGAUUUCGCGUGUGUGAAAAAUGUAAUAAAAUCCAUUGAAGGAAAUCCUCCACCGGAGCAAAGAAUGGAAGGAAAAUUUGAUAUCGUUGAUUGAGCUGUGCCGCCAGCGAUAAGGUGGAACAUUGGCAGUUGAUAGUGGGAAAUUAGUCGUCUGAUAAGGGGAGUGAGAGAAUGUUUGGGAAGCUUUGAUAUGCUGGCCCUGCUUUUUGCCGCUACGCUGUUGCUCUCGCUGGUCGGGGGCAACAGCGAUGUCGGAAGUCACUAUGUACCUGUUAUUCUGAACGGAAGUGCCACCGUGAGUGUCCGGAGACUAACGGAUGCCCCGCCUGAAGAACCGCCGCGUGUUCAGAGACUCGCAAGGCGCCUUGAGGAGCGCUUCCGAGAAAUUCGGGAUGCCGAACUGGGUGUUCCUGAUGUCCAGGAGAUGUUUGAUCUGAUGGAAUUCGCGCCGGUGAUGAGGGAUGACGUGGAAACGGUGAAGAGGAUGUCCCAACGCCUGGCGGCGAAGAUGGAGAAAGCACACCUGGUCAUCUCCAGCCUUAAGGACUUCAUCGUGGACACUGCCGAGCAACUUAAUCGCACAGGAUUGAACUCCGUCACAUUUCCCUGUCCGUUCAGGGCAUCGGCUCCGCCCUCUAUUCAGUACGAUCGCCAGCAAAUUGAGAUUGUGAACUUCAUGAAGACAUUAGAGGAUGUUAAGCAGACUGAGGAUCAGUUCGAGACAUCCUUGACGGAUGAACUGAAAAAAUUCUCUCACAGCACUGCUCACUUUAAGCGGCAGUUUUUCCUGGCAACCAGUGACAAUGCCGUAGACAAAAAUUGUCCAGACAAUCAACACCUCAGGACACUUUUCACCUCGGCAAUCGCUGGAAAAAGAAUCCUUCUCCUCGUAGACCACGGAAGUUCUCUCAAUAUGGAUCAACUGGAGUUGACAAAGGCUACAGCAAAGAGUGUAGUUGGUCUUCUGCAUGCCACGGACUUCAUAUCCGUGAUUAGCAUAUCAGAUCGCGUGGGAGUUUUCACGCCAGAGAGGAAAUCCUGCACUCCUGAACAGAUGCACGCUGCCACGCUAGAUAAUCGCGUGAAAUUGACAAAAUUCCUGGACGGACUCAAUAAAACCAAGGCACAAACUAAUCAUACGCUUGGCUUUGAGUAUGCCUUCAAGCUUUUGGUGGGCAUUCAACAGGACUCUGAGAUUAAGAGUGGCCAAUUUAUGUUUCUCUACAUAAGUCGUGGCUUGCUGUCCUCCUUGGCGGACGCCACAGGGGUUCUGGAGGUGAUAGCAUCAGGCCAGAGAAGAUUGAAGAAUCCUGUGGUCAUCAACACAAUUCAAGUGGUUCUGGACGAGAAGAGGAUAAUGUAUGAAACACAAUUUCUCUGGGACAUCACUGUGCAAGACUACAGGAAGCACAAGAUAGAAGGAGCAGAAUCGUCGGAGGCUGGGAUUAUGCUGACGGUGAAUAAGUAUCGAAUGGAUGAGGUUUAUAUGAAUGUCACAGCGCUGUUUAGUCAGAUGUUCAAAGAAGGACAUCUCAGGGAGAAUAUCACCAUUCAUCAGCCGUACAUGGAUCCAGACACGAAAGAUAUCCUCGUCAGCGUGACUCAAACUUGCGAUCGCUUUGGAGUUUUCGGUGUGGAUCUCUAUCUCAAUGAUCUGGUUGAAGAUGUUCUGUACUACAAUAAGUAUCCAGACUCUUAUGCCUUCAUUGUGGAUCGGAAUGGCAGUGUCAUUUCUCAUCCAUCUUUUGCGGACCGUGCUUCGGCAGUUGAGAUGAUUUUUCCCACCGACAUUAGCAUGAUCGAACCGCCACCCUUCACGUCCACCAUCCGAGAUGAGAUGCUGCAGGAGAUUUUCAGCACACACUCCUUGCGAGAUGACACCACAAAUGACACGGUUACCUUCACGUGGCAUCAUGUGAUGGAUUCUUAUGUGAUUUGUGUGGUUACACGCGUUGGAGGAGUGAAUCGCUCUCCGGUGGUGUUGAAAAGAGUUCUCCCUGGGAUUCACUACUACGCUCAACAUCACAAUGAAGUGUCUCUGGCGGCGCUGGAUAUACUAUAUCACAGAUUGGACCUAAUCCCACCGCCAGGAGGGAAGAUAAUGUGUCGACACUUUAAGCAAAUUGCCACAAUGGAUUGUGGGACGCUCUUUCUCAGUCCAGGAGCUUUUCAGUCGCCCUUUGUGUUUGUGCGGAAUAGCCGAGAGAGCACAUCUAAAGCUACAAUUCACAAUAUUCAGACUUUGAUGGCGUACAUCAAAGACAAGACGAGUCUUCUCGCCAAUCCCGGCUUGUUGCCAGCAGUGAGGAAUGAUGUGACUGCGCUAACGCAUAUCAUUGGAUACCUGAAAAAGAAACACUUGCGCGAGGGACCGCUUAAGAACUUCAUAAUUCGCCGAUAUGUGGCGUCUAUCAACGGAGUUUUGAUGGUGUAUCCAGGUUCCCAAGUGAAUAAUCAACUGGAGAUAUACCAGAGACCGUGGUUUGGCCGGGCUAUUGCUUAUCCAGGAAGGAUUGUUGUCACUGAACCUUAUCUGGAUGCUGGAGGUGCGGGAUAUAUUGUCACGAUCGCUCACACAAUUUUCGAGGGGAAGCACAAUGCUAUGCACAAUGCUCAGAGAGACACUCCAAUCGGCGUGGUGGCUCUCGAUCUCACCAUGGGCUUCCAUUAUAAGCUGGUGAUGGAAUCAGGUUCCUUUUGUUCAGAAGCUAAUGUCAAGUGCUUCCUCAUGGAGGAUCGCGGAUACUUAAUAGCACAUCCCAGUAUUCUAGAACCUGUCACAGGGCUGAAUCCGAGGCGACCUCUUGAGCACAUCACGCAUCGGGAGUCUUUCGUGGCAAAUGACAUAUUGAAUCACAAGGAUUUGGUGCAGAAAAAGCUGUGCAAUGUGUACGCCAAUAGAACAAUUCAGAGAUAUUACCAAUUCAACAUAUCUUUGACGGAUGUUCUCACGAAUGUUGUGCACGGCGAGAGAACAAAGUACCAAAUCUCUGUUGUGCCGGGAACUAAUAUCUUUGUGGGUGUUCUCAACGCGUCCAAUGAUGGGGGCGCCUUUUGUCCCUGCAGCACUAUGGAUCGCCUCUGUUUGAAUUGUAAUCGCAUGGAACAGACAGAGUGUGAGUGCCCCUGCGAGUGUCCUCUUCGCUAUGAGUCUCUUGCGAGUGCCCCAGGAGCAUCCAAGUGUGCUCAAGACUCCCAGGAGAGCGAGGCGGAGGAUCAGCGAUUGGGAGCCGAUGGGGUGUGCAUGCCUUUUAUGCCAGAAGCAGCUACAUCCUCUGUCCUAACAUAUUCAGUGGAUGAUCUGGAAUUGAGGGCAUGCGUGAAUGUUGUGUGUGAUCUCUAUGCCACGCAAAAUGAGUGCCUGGGCGUCGUGGGAUGCGAAUGGUGCCAAGUGGAUGUGGAUGGAGAGACAGUAUUCACACAACCUUUCUGCACAUCCAUGCAGUCAUGCUUCAAUGGAAUUCUGGGAUCAGCAACGCCAUACGGAGAUGCUCAGUUGGGUUCAACCAUUGUGGAUCCGCUGAUUCCUCCAGCAUAUUCAGCUAUUGGUCCCGUGGCGGGAGCCACAAUUGCACUAUGCCUCGUGGUGGGAUUUGCCAUGUAUUGCUACAGGCAGAAUCAGGACCCAGGCGGGGCAGAGCACUUGUACGGAGACUCGCAGGGCGAGAAUCAAUUAGAUGUGCCCAUGGCGAGACUUAAUUUUGACGACAUGGCGCACGAUGACGGCGAUAUGGGCAAUAGUUCCAAUCAGAACCUCCUACCUGCGCCGGGCACUGGCAUCAUGAUCCCCGAGGUGUCCCCAUAUCGGGCCCCCUCGGCAUGUCGACGUCCCAAUGCUGCAGAUUCUGAUCAUGGCUACUCCACAAUGACCCCACACGAGGACUCGGAAAAUCUGUGCUUCACCCUGGCUGAUCCACUGCUCACGCACAAGCGUCUCUCCAUGUCAGACUCCGCUUCGAUCAGCACCAGUGUUUCCAGUCCUACAAAUUGUCGGCCGUUGGGUUUGGAGAGGCACCUCGUGGCGCCUCCUGAGAGCACCACAGUGCUCCCUGCGUCGCCACACCUUGUGCUGGCGCCCGUGACGGUGCAUCGACAGAUGGAAGCCACCUCGUGAUCAUUUAUGUAUCACAAACUAUUUUAUAGUGCCAAAUUUUCAUCAAUGCUCUCAUGCCAAGGGGUUUAUCAAACAAACAAGAGGAAACCAGUACAAAUUAUAGGCAUUUUCUUAUCCGCAUUUAAACUUCAGAUUCAGGAUUUUCUUAGACUACCAACUGCAACAAGUUUUUUUUU